GUGCGCAUCUAGCUUGAGAGCACGAACUUGCUCUCGCAGCUCGUGAGAAACAACGUUUCGCCGUCAUUGCUAAGUCCAUGUGGAAGACAUCGGUCCGUGUUCCCUCGGACUUGCAAAAUCAAAGAGAGAUGUAGCCUGCCAACUUGCCACAAACAGCACCAAAGUCACCACCGCUCCGUCCUCUGGCGACAACAUUGCGUGCAGCUUGCUCUGGAACUGGACUUCUUUCAAAUGCCUUCUAGCUGACUGCCACAACCCGACGCCCUUAGCACGACUCCCUUCUACCACUGGCUUCACCAAGCCUUUUCUCGGUCUUCUACUCCUACCUUCAUCAUCCAAUCCUGCUGAACUUUGCUGCAACGCUUCCCACAGAGUAUGCCAAUUUGUGCGCUCGCAACACCUCACAAACUGCCAAGGAGAAUCUCUUAGUUGCUGCGAGAUGUCAGCCAAGCUGAGGCUACCUCGAUACAAGCCCAAUCGCCAGAAGGAGGCGUUGGAGCACGAAGUCGAUUUGGGAGAGCACGCCGUAGCUCUUGCCAGCAGUGCGGACCAGAAACCCAAGCCGUUCUUCAAGAGACUGUACUACAAUCCUAGGACUCAAAUUCUCAUUCUUGGUUUGGUACUUUUCCUGUGUCCAGGGCUAUUCAACGCUGCGACGUCGAUUGGUGGGGCUGGACUGGCGAAUCCUAGAGUCGCUUCGGAUAGCUUGACGUCGCUAUAUGCGGUGUUUGCUCUAUCUGGCUUGGUGGGCGGAGUAAUCAACAACAAGCUGGGAGUCCGACUGACUCUCUGCUUGGGAGCCACAGGGUACUCGUUGUACAUGGCCGCUUUGCUCGUCUACGCAGUUCGGGGAGAUGAUACAGCUCCCUUCACGAUCACCGCAGGUGCCAUUCUCGGCGCUUCGGCUGGGCUGCUCUGGACAGCUUAUGGCACCCUUGUUCUCUCUCUUCCAACAGAGUCCGAAAAGGGUCGCUUCUUUGGACUAGCUUGGGCUUGUUUCAAUGCGGGCGAUAUCAUCGGCUCUCUUGUCCUCGUGGUGGAGACGGCAGACUCCAAGGAGACACACCUUUCGGUCGCUGGCUAUGCAGUCUUGCUCGGUCUUACCGUAGCUGGUGUAGCUUUGCCCUGGGCUUUGCUACCACCCAUCAAGGUGACCAGGACGGACGGAACGCGCGUAAUUUCGCCUCGCUUUCCCUCACUGAGGUCGGAGCUAGUAGGCAUGUACAAGUGCCUGCGCUACGAUCCUCUCAUCCUACUAAUGGUGCCUUGGUGGUUCUUCAGCAAUUCCUUUUACGUCUAUCACUUCAACAGCUUCAAUCUGGGCAACUUCUCGAUAAGGUCCAGAGCGCUCAACAGUCUGCUCUACUGGUUGGCCCAGUCUAUAGCUGCACCGUUAUUCGGACAGCUUCUGGACCUUCAGCGAGUUUCAAGACCCACGCGUGCGAAGAUCGGCGUCGCAGUCGUCGGGAGUCUGACGAUGUUAGUGUGGGCCGCAAGCUACCAUGUUCAACACAGCUUCUCAAGAGAGUCACCUCGCGCGCUGGACUACAAGGAUACCGACGAUCGCGUGUACUAUCUUGGCCUGCAAGUGUUGUACAUCCUCUUUGGUGUGGCGGACAGCUGCUGGCAAAGUUUUGCCUACUACUCAAUCGGAUCCAUGAGCAACAAUAGCAGGAAGCUCUCAUACAUGAGCGGACUAUACAAAGCUUUCCAAUCAUCGGGCAACGCAGUCUUUUGGCGAUUGGACAGUAGAGGCAUUCCGUAUAUGAGGCUUCUCAUCAUCACGUGGGCUUCGCUGGCAGGCAGUCUGGUCAUUGCGCUUCCCAUGAUUCUUGUCCGCAUCACUGACUUCACCACGACGAGCGUGAGGAUCGUGGAGACGGAAGCGGAGGUCUUGGAAGCGACGUCGUACAGCAGUCUGGCAGGCGACAGCGCGUCUCAAGCUACGGCGAAGCGGAUCUAA